AUGGCCGCCUCCACCAUGUCUGUCUGCUCUGAUGCUUGCACCAACGCCUCCUGGCAGGUGGAUGACUGCCCAGAGAGCUGCUGUGAGCCAUCCUGCUGUGCCCCCAGCUGCUGCCAGCCCAGCUGCUGUGCCCCCAGCUGCUGUGCACCAACCCCCUGCCUGACCCUUGUCUGCACCCCAGUGAGCUGUGUGCCCAGCCCCUGCUGCCAAUCUUCCUGCUGCACACCCUCAUGCUGCCAGCAGUCUAGCUGCCAGCCAGCUUGCUGCACCUGCUCCCCCUGCCAGCAGCCCUGCUGUGUGACCCUUUGCUGCAAGCCUGUGUGCUGCACACCCUCAUGCUGCCAGCAGUCUAGCUGCCAGCCAGCUUGCUGCACCUGCUCCCCCUGCCAGCAGCCCUGCUGUGUGACCCUUUGCUGCAAGCCUGUGUGCUGCACACCCAUCUGCUCUGGAUCAUGCUGCCAGCAGUCUAGCUGCCAGUCCUCCUGCUGCCAGCCCUCCUGCUGUGUGCCUAUCUGCUGCAAGCCUUCUAGCUGCCAGUCCUCCUGCUGCCAGCCCUCCUGUUGUGUGCCUGUCUGCUGCAAGCCUGUGUGCUGCACACCCAUCUGCUCUGGCUCCUCCUCCUCCUGCUGCCAGCCCUCCUGCUGUGCUCCUGUGUGUUGCAAGCCCUGCUCCAGUGUGUCCCUGCUGUGCCGCCCUGUGUGCAGACCUGCCUGCUGUGUGCCCAGCUCCUCCUGCUGUGCCUCCUCCUGCCAGCCCAGCUGCUGUCGCCCAGCCUCCUGUGUGUCCUUGCUGUGCCGUCCUGCUUGCUCCAGGCAGACCUGCUGUGGCCAGAAGUCCAGCUGCUGA